CCUCCUGCACGGUAGGUGGCGGUGUGCGAUACGCAGUCGCCACAUUCACAUCGCGAAUAAAUUUAGGGAAGAAGCGCGGCUUAGCGCAAGAGCAUUCACAGGUCGCGUUACCUUAACUUACCCACGGAAUGGGGGCGCGCAUGCUUUUCGGGGGCGCGCUGUCCGCCACCGUACCGCACAGCGCCCGCGACAUCAGUGAGCUGAGGGAGAUCCCAGACAACCAGGAGGUGUUUGCCCACAGCAGUACGGACCAGAGUUUCAUCGUAGAGCUGUUGGAGUAUCAGGGCCUCGUAGCGGAUGGCGAUGCGGCCAGGUAUUACUUCGAGGAUUUGGCGGGCAGUAAUGAAGCGGCAGCCCAUGGUGCCUCUCAGGUGAGGGGUGUGCAGGUCAUCCCUAAAGAUAUCCUGGCGAUGUCGGAGUGCAGCUCUGCCUGGCUGCUGUUGGGGACUCAGCAGGUCUCCAAGUUCAAUGAGGAGGCCAGAAACACAGUGAACAUCCACCUGGGCCUCUUCCGGCUCCCGCAGUUCGCCACCGACAUCUUGGUGACCUUCAAUGAUCCCAUUAUCAUCAGUACCUUAAGCAGCAGCGCAGGAGUGGCGGAGCCUGGAGCCGCGGCCCCAUGGACCACGGAGGACUUUCAGCAGCUGCUCUGGUCCUUGAAGAUCCUGGAUGCUGGGGUGUUUGGGUAGGAGAUCAUCCAGGAACGUCUGAGUGCAGCCCAUCACCCCCAUCUGUGCCCCAGCUUCACCAUGCUAUUCGUCCAUGAACUUCACCACGUUUUAAACCACCAGUGACUCCGCGCUGUUGCCUUUUAGGGAUGUAAGCCGGAACCCAAAGCUUGAUGCUCAAAAUCCCAGGAAGGGAACUGCUAUUGUACCCGCUAACCAGAGACUUUUAAAUUCAGCUUCAGACUUGAGUGAAAGUGUGAAGAUGUCCACUAGUGUCCCACUGUAUCAGAGGUCAACAAGGACAGGAUACAACAUUGGCUUAACCUGCAAUACUUCUCUUGGACUCCAGGGGGAGCAGAAGUUUUGUAGAUUUUCCAUAUUUUUGGUUGGCAGUAUUCAAGAUGAAUGUGUUAGGGGAAGCAGUCGUUCUAAUGAGUGAGUAUUCUGCUUUCAGUGUUUUACUCAGUUAUAGAAUAUUCCUCAGAAAAACGACACAUUUAGAAUUUGCCUAGGAAGCCCACAGUGGGUUGGACUGCUGCGAGCCAGAAUCAGUGCAGUGACCAAUGGGGUUACGCCCUUGGUAAUUGACAUUGCAGAGAAAUCCCGCCCACUGUUGGUUUCAAAAUGCAGUAGCUCCCCCUGCUGUUCAGGUUGUGUUAAUGUUUAAAAUGUUUUCUACUGCCUUGGAAGUCGCAAAGUGUGACGAGGAAGGACUUGUGUCAGCGGGCAGGUGACAUCUUGUGUGCUGUUUUUUCUUCAGAUCUCACAGAAUUUUAUAUCCUUUACAUCUUAUUCCUGUUUUUUUCCUUGUUCCUGGUGAUGUCAUUUCCUGUCAGAUGGACAUUGCCACCGUUCCUGCCUUUUGAUGCUAAUUGUCACCCCAAGCGUUCUGUUUUUAUUUCGCUCUACUGAGUUGACAGUACCUGAACAUGUUGGCUUCCGCCCCAUUAAAAUAAACGGGUAUGCCCGUUACCUCGUAAAUAAACCUGUUUUUUGUGAAAAAAAAA